AUGGCGGCCGCUUCGCCUAAAAGGGUUAAGUCUCCUAAAACUCCCAAAACGCCAUCCAAGAAGACAAGUAUUUCAAAUUCACCAUCUCCAAGAUCAUCUCCCAGUAGAAACCUGUCAGAUGUUGCUAGAAAGGUUAGAGAUUGUUGUGCCAGCUGGCAUGAAAACGCUAAAAAUUGGUCAAAACUGAAGGAAGCGGGAUUGUCUCUGGCUAACAAGCUGGUGAACUUACAACUUCAAAAAGAAUACAGCUCGAUGGACGACAACACUACAGUUUCACCAGUUGACCACGACUCUGAUUUUAAGUUACAUGAUGAAAUUAUGAACACCUCUCAAGAACUAUCACGAAUUUAUGAUUCUUUGGCUGAUUUAUGGACUAAGAUGAAAUCCUUAGAGCAGAAUUUCCAUGCCAUAGGAAACCUGAAGGCUCUUCAAAGAAAGGGGGAAAGCUCUGAUGAUCGAAUCUUCAGCACGUGGACUAUUGAGGAAUUCUGUGAUGCAUCAAAGAUACUUCUUGAUUCAUAUACCAAAGAACUUUCUUUGAAGGAGAGACUAGUAAUGGAAUUUACUCAUUGUAAGAACAGAGAUGAACUGAUGGUAUAUCUGUCACUAUGGUUACAUGAGCCACUCUUAAACGAUGAGAAUGAAGUUCUUCUAGAGAGCAUGUUGAUUGAAGCUGAUUUAAGAUAACGUCACAGUCACAAAUUCAAAAUACACUUUGUGUCAUCCUUUUGUGGCUGUCAGAGGAUAACAAUGUGAGGCACUCUUGAUGGACUUGUUGCCAUCAAGACUAAGAUGCAGGGCUGUAGUCAAGAAAUUAGCCUGCCAGCUGAAACUUCAGGAAAGGCAGCUCAGAGAUUGCAUUCAAUAGAAAGUGACUGGAAGUGGGUAACCUCAGAGGUGACUGCCCUUUCAAUUGUCCAAUCUCACUGGCAGCUAAGGCUUAGAGACAACCCAGAUGAUGUACAGCUUGUAACUAGAUAGUCACACUAUGCUUGAUAUUGUGUGAACCUUGUGAGACUAGAAGCUCAAGAAGGGAAUGAUGGUGGCAGGGAAGGAUAUCACACAAAAGAUCUUGUGUGGCAAUCAUAUGAUGUGGUAGUAAUCUUACAGCAACUACUUUUUAAGUAUAACAAUGACUUGCUUGCAAUAAGUCAUCAGUCUUUUAUGACAGGCAAGAAGUCAACUGCUCAGAAAAAACCCAGAUUCACACUCUGUUGUAAGCAGUUUGUGGCAAGAAAAAAAAGAUACUAUUGUUUUAUGAAGAAUCACAAGAGAUUAAAUCUGGAACUUGUAAUGUACUGUGUAUGCACCUAGUCUGGUACAUUGGUGUUAACCUGUAUUGAGGUGCACUGUAUUAAGCUGCCACCCAGUAUUAAGUGGUUGGUUGUCAAAGUCCCAAAAUUUUUACCCCUUCAUGAAAGUAACUUUAAUUUUCACAUCUAUUAAGCAGUUGCCUGUAUUGAGUGAUUGUGUCACCCAUUACCGAGUUCCAACGGAUGGUUUUUGUUUUCUUCUCCCUAUAUAUCACUUAGGCCUUUAACUUCCAUGAGUGACAAAAAUAAAAAUUUCUCCUUACAAUAUGAAUAGUAUAUCAACCAGAUAAGUAAUGAGAAUAAAGAAAAAUAUCAAUUUGGGGAUAAUUAGUUGAUCCAGUACCAAAUUCUCUGAACUAACAUCACAAGAAUUAUAUGGCAGGUAGUAAGGAGAAUUACUACUGAGAUCUUGGGAGUUGAAGGGUUAAAGCAGAACCACUCAAAUAGAACUAGGAAUUAUCUAUCAAGUAGAAUUUAAUCCAUAUUUAUGGUAUCUCCUUAAGUCAGUGUUAAACUUGGUAAUGUUUUUGAGCAAGUUUUUGUACAUGAAGUGAUGUUUUUCAUUAUUUCUUUAUAAUACCCCUAUUUUAUGGAACCUGUAUUGAGUGGUUACUGCACCAUUCCCCACGGGUGACAGCUUAAUACAGGUUUGACUCUAUUUAUUUUCUAAGUGACUGUCUCUCAAAUGACACAUUCCUCUUUCCAUGCCCAGUCCUACUUUAUUUCCUUUCAAAAACAAUACUACAUCAUAAGGACUGCUUGAUGUCCAGAAGACAUAAAGGACAGCUAACUGUAUCAUAAAAGGCUUUUACAUUGAUUUCCCUCUGUCCCCAAAAUUUCAGAUUGACUUUUGUUGCCUGCUAGGUGAGGUAAUAUGACUAAGGAACCACCUAAGAACUCUCAGGAAAUUAGCCUGUUUUCCUUGGGCUUCACUGCUCCUUAUGCCCAUAUAAUACUUUUCCCCAUAUACUGUAUGUAAAACAUGGAAAUAUUAAAGCCACCCAAGUUGUUCAAUUUCCAGGGGUUUUAAAACAAGCCAGCUACCACUAGAAAUUUGUCAGCUUCUUGACAAGAUGUUGCCAAUUAUCCAGUUAAAAAAUUACCUUUUGGCAAUUAAUGAACUUUUCACAGACACCUACUUUUGCAGAGUCUGAUGCCCACUUUAAAACAUUUUGAAACCUCUGAAAUUGAGCGAAAAUCAAAGAAUUCU